UACAAUCGUUUAGAGUUUUAUUCUGUUGCUUGUAGAAAAUCAAAUUCAUUUUAAUAAUAAUUUAAGAUUUGUUUCGUCUGGCUGGCCAGAUGCUGGCCAGCUGAUUCUGUGCUAGCAACUCAUAUAAUAAAAGACCACACAACACGUGCGUAUACAGCAGCAUGACAGCGACAGCAGCAGCCAUGCAGCCAUAGUUAAAUAACCUAUAAAUGUUUGUUUUUAAUUAAAAAAAAAAAGUAUAUUUACAAAUGGAACUUACACGGUAUAAUUGUUUUAUCGGAACUGCUAGAGGUUUUUUACUUUCCACCACCGAUAAACCAAAGGAGUUGAAACAUGUGAAACCUGACUUUUCCUCUGAAAUAACUGCUCUAGCGUUUAGUAAAGAACAAAAAGAAAUAAUAAUUGGAUAUCAAAAUGGCAACUUACAUCGGUAUGAUCCAACCGAAAACAUAUACCUGGAUACAAUUUCCGACUUAGAAGGCAAGGGUAGUAUCAUAGGAUUAGGUUGUAAAGAAAACCUUAUAAUUGCUGGCAAAUCAGAUGGUAUCAUCAAUAUUUGGAAAGAUGGAAAGAAAAAGAAGAAGCAUUUUGGUAUAAAUUUGGACCCUGAAGGAACCCUCAAUUCUUUGGUAGUUAACGAGUCAAGUAAAGUUAUAGGGACAGGAGGAGAGAAGAAUGACUUUAAACUUUGGGAUAUUGAAACACAAAAGUGUACUUUUAAAGCUAAAUCGAUGGGACAUGAUAAAUUAAAUUUACCUAUACCAACAUCAAUUAGAGGCAUAACAUUUUUUCCUGAAGAUCCUAAUUUGGGUUGUUGUUGCACAAAAGAAGGGCAUGUUUUAGUAUAUGAUGACAGAGCACAAAGAAGACCAGUAGUCAAAUAUUUAGAAGAAAAAGCUAGUUACACUACCAUUGCUUCUGCAUAUAGGGAAAGACAAUGUCUGGUGGGUACAACUAGAGGUUAUAUGCAGUUACUUGAUAUGAAAGUUGGUAAAUGUUUGAGGACAUUUACAACAUUUACUGGAAGUGUUACAAGCAUUGUUUGCGAUCCAAUUGAACCGUAUGUAGUCUCAACCAGUUUGGAUAGGCAUGUAAGGCUGCACCAUUUAGAAACCAAAGCCUUAAUUCAAAAGGUUUAUUUGAAAGUAAAUUUAACAUCUUUAUUAAUAAGGCCAGUAGUUAAAGAAGAGGAAUCAGAUAAUGAGGAAAAUACUGAAAAUAUUAAGGCAAAUGAAGAAGUAGAAGAUAAUGAAUAUGAAGAUAUAUUUAAUGAAAUGGAAGUUGUUAUCGAUGAACCAAAGAAGAAAAAGAAAAUCAAGAGAAUUAUUCAAGAUGAAGUCGAUGCUUCUAAAGUUGCCUUGAAGAAAAUUAAGAAGAAAGUGAAAAAUGAUGAUGAAAUUGAUCAGAUUAAGGUCAAAAGGAAAAUCACUAAAGUAAAAAAUAUUUUUGCAAAAUAAAAUUUUUAGUAGGAAUAUUCUUUCAACAUUUUGGCUCUAUUUUAUUAAUAGAAUCAACAUAUUUGGAGAGUUUGAAUAAAACUAUUUGUGAAUCGCAGUUAUUUUUUUUUUUUUUUAUUUUAAAAACUGAAAGAUGAAUUAUUAUAUUCCAAGGUAUUCAGACAGAUCUUGUAAGUGAAUUGGUGGAAGAGACACAUUGUUAUGGUGUACGAAAUAGAUGUUUAAAUUUUAAUAGUUCAUAUGCUGUAAAAUGAAAAUAAUUAUUUCUCUUAUUCAGAUUUAUGAAAAACGUGCAAUUUGACUAAUUCUGUUGGUAGGUUUAUUUAUCAAACAAAACAAUGUACAUUGUAAACAUUUAUUAUUACAAUGUUAGGUAAUCUUGUAGUUUAGGCAGUUAAAGAAGCACAUGUCCACACCAGUCUACACUAACCUUUAGAAUUUGAAUUUUACUCCU